AUGGCUGAUAGUACCACUCCAAAUGUCAAUUGGGCCGAAAUCUCAGAUGAUGAAGAAAUUACUCAACCACAAGAUUAGACCCAAGAUGUCAAAUAAGAAUAACCAUAAGAAUAAAAUAAUGAACAAAAGAAAUAGUCAAAAAAACCCUAUCAAAAGCAUCAUAAGCCAGAAUGGGUUAGACUCAAGGAGUUGUAAAAGAAAUAGGCUGAACAAAUUUAAAAAGAGUAAUAAGCUGCAUUAGAGGCUCGCAGAAUCAAACCAAGUAAAAACAAUUUCCAAGGACUAUUGAAUGACAGUGACGAAGAGGAAUAGAAACCUGAAGAAUAAGUCUAAACUGAAGAAUAAACAAAAGAAUAAGAAUAACCUAAAGAAGAAUAGGUCGAUUAAUAUCAAAUCUUAAAACAAAAAUAAACUUAAGAAGAAAAGUAAUAAUAAUAAAAGAAGAAAGAUUAAAAGAAGAAAGAAAAUGAAGAUUUAGAUGCUAUAUUGAAUGAAUUAGGAUUUACUUAAAAAGAGGGUGAAUAGGCUGGAGAUUAAGAAAAAAAAAAGAAGAAGAAAAACAAAAAUAAGGAAGCUGAUAAAUAACCAGCCUAAGGUGCCGCUGAGAAAAAGCCAGAAUAAUAAUAAUAACAACAAUAAUAACAACCAUAAUAAUAACAACCAUAAUAAUAAUAAGCUGAUAAAGUAGACAUAAAAAAAGUAUUAGCUGAGAAAGCUAAAAAAGCACAAAGUGGUUCGCAUCAAGUUGAUAAGGAUUUAGAAAGAGUGAAAUAAGAAAUUGAAAAGAGAAAUCAAAAGUCUAAAAAAAAUAAGAAAUAAGACUUAGAUCUUUGAUUAAGUAAAUUGAUAAAUAAAUACAUUAAAUAAUAGUAUAUAUAAUUUUAUAUUGCUUAUUAAAAGA